AUGACUGAAUUCAAGACCGAUGACUCUAAGGCUCCGCCUUACACCUCCGUCGAACCUGUGGACCAAAAACACACAAGCCCCAAAGUGGAUUGCCUAACCCAUGGGCCCAGCCAAGUCCCUCUUCUCGAUUCCGAAUUGCAGAAGCCGCAGGCAAAAGAAAUCAUCCGCACAUUGGCAGCAGCCCUGAAUGAUAUCGUCGAUGAGAAGAAGUGCACCAAGUGCACGGUGGAGCAUAUCUCGACUCUGCUCACAGCCCAAGUCCGGGAUCUCAGAGCCGCCAAGCGGAGCGGGAUGUGGUCCAAAGAAGACAAGAAGGCUCUCAAGGCAGAGAUUAAAGCUGUUCUGAAGCCAGUCAAGAAAGAUGUGAAGCGCCUAUGGAAAGCGAGCGAAUAA